CAAAACAAAUCGGAACGUGCGAAGAACAUCGUUCAGACACUAGUGGAAAAUCAAGUGGCCGUGCGUGAGGAAUGUGACACGUGACACGUAUUUAGAAGAAGGGUUGGCGUUGGAUAAUGACAGUAGGCGAAAGGAAUUGACAGUUCGAGCACACUUCGAUCGAAAUGAGCCCGUUAUAAACAAAACACGUGCAAGGUGAAAUUGAAAACGAAGAAAAAGUAAUUGGAAAAUGAAAAGGCUUUCGUGCAGACGGAAUUACGAACUCACGCGAUUCCCCAGAAAAGCGAAAACUUCUUUACACUACGACAGAGACAUGACCUACAUUUAAUCAAAUUUAUUCCACGCCUGACGUCACUCAAUAAUUAAAUUGAACGAACUAUAGAGCUCCGCGUGCUUGUAUAGAUAAGGAGAUGAAUAAGCGAGCAAAGAGCGUCGCGACGUCGACCGAUUCUCAUCGUCGACGACGAUGAACGUACAGACGGCGUCCCGACGUCGUCGUGACGCAGUCGAACGACGCCGCCGAUCGCGACGGACGCCCCACGACGGCGUCUCGACGCUCAUGUACGCCGCUCAACAGGGGGACGUCGACGUCGUCAGGAGGAUCAUCGGCGUCCGUCGGUCACCCAUCAGCAAUACCAUAUUGGAUAGAGACAGAACGGGCAAAACGGCCUUGCACUAUUCGAGUACCAGCCAACGUCGUACAGCCGCCGAAACGGCCGAUCUUCUAGUCAUGGCCGCCCCCGAUUUGAUCGACGGCACCGACGAGGACGGUUUCACACCAUUGCAUUUGGCCGUCAUCGCCGGUAACAUGCAACUGGUCAAUUUCCUUUUAGCCAACGGCGCCGACGUCGACGCCUUGGACAACGAACGGCACACCGUCGUCCAUUGGGCUACAGUAUGCGGAGAAACGUCGGCUUUACGAGCAGUGUUAACAGCAGGCGCCCGAGUCUCCACACCCGACGUACACGGGGGCUACCCCCUCCACUACGCCGCCCAAAUGGGCGCCGGUGAGAAAGACUCGGACCUGGGCUUGCAAGUCCUCCGCCUGUUGCUCGCCCAUCCGGGCGCCGAAGUCGCCUGCGAGGACUCGGACGGGCGUCAGCCUCUCCUUUGGGCGGCCAGUUCGGGCUCGGCCGGCGCCGUCCUGGCGCUGAUCAGGGCCGGCGCCGCCGUCGAGGCGGCCGACAAGGACGGCCUGACGGCCCUGCAUUGCGCCGCCUCCAGGGGACACACCGAUUGCUUGGAUACUCUGCUCACGCUCUGCGGGGCUUCGGUCGAUGUGAUCGAUUCGAACGGGUGCACCGCCUUGCAUUACGCCGUUACUUUAGGUCACGCGGACGCCACUGCUCUUCUACUAGCCCACGGGGCCGAUCCCAACCGACAGGACCGCAAAGGCAGGAGUCCCGCUCAUUGCGGAUGCGCCAAAGGACAAUUCGAAACCGUCAAACUAAUAGGCAAUCGCGGCGCGAAUUUGUGGCUACGCAACGCCCGCGGGGAUUUCCCGUUACACGACGCCGCCGCCUCCGGCAGAAGGGACCUGGUGAAGUGGCUGUUGGAGAUGAGGCCCAGCCAGACGAACGCGCGAAACAACGACGGGAAAUGUCCAUUGCACGCGGCCGCUUCCAACGACAACUCGGACAUGUGCAAGGUACCUUCAGGUAAAUACAAAGGUAAAAAGGGCACCAUCAAGGAAGCCAUGUCGUAUUUCCAGGAAACAAUCGACGACGCCACCGAUUACUUGAUGACCAACAUCAACACCAACAUAAUCAUAUCCAGCAACAUACUUUUGGACGCCGGCGCCGAAGUGAACCCCAUUUUGAGGACUUCGAAAAACACAUUCGUGACUCCGCUGGAUUGCGCCCUGCAAAAGGGCCACCGGUCUACCGCGAAAUUCCUGCAGGUGCACGGGGGCGUCCCGGCGUCGCGUUUGAGCGACCUCGACGCGCCCCCAUUGAGCCUCCGCAUCAGAGACGACGUCACCCUCUACGGGGGUAGUUCAUCGGAGAACGAGAAUCGAAGAAAACCCGACGGUAAAGCGAAGUUAACGAAGCAGAAAUCGAGCAAAGAUGAGAAGAAACGCACACCUACCGGUAGGAUGGAUUAUACUAACGAAAUAACGAUUAACGGUCGGUUAAAUUUUAAUGGAAUAGUCAUAGAUAACAAGGAAUCGGUGCAAACUCAAACAUCGGCGAGGCCGAAGAGCGCUAAAUACGGGAAAUUCCGCGACAGAUCGGCCCAAUCGAGCAUCAACAAGGAGAUUAUGGUGAGCAUUUCGAGCCAGGCGAGCGUCUCCAAAACCGAUCACGCCACCAAUACCUCAGAGGAACCUCCGAGAACCCUUCCGGAUGAAGCAUCCUUCACCAGCGAGGAUCAGGAGGAACCCAAGAAGGAGAUUGUGGUAGAAGCGUCCGUGCAUCCGCUACCUAAAUCUCCGCUUGUCGUCGAGGAAAGUUGUAGAGAGAGUAAAGUUACGAUCGAAACUCAAAUCGAAGUAGACGAAACGAGGGAGGUUGUUAAAAUCGAAGAAGAAGAAGAAGAUGUUAAAAUGGAUGAAGGAAUUGAAUCGGGUGAACGAAAACCAGAAGAGGACGUUAAAGAUGGUGGAAUGAAGGAAGGGAGGGAAUCGAGUGAACGAGUUAAAACCGAAGAGGAUGUUAAAGAGGGUGGAAUGGAAGAAGGGAAAGUUGGUAAGAGAGAUGCGAAUGGUUCUUCCAAGGAAAUAAUUAUUAGUGAAGAUAAAGCGACGAAUUUGGUAAAGAAAAAGGAAGAAAACGUAGAAAUAAACGACGUUAGGAAAGAUGCAUAUGCAGAAGGUUCCGUUGAGAAAGAAGCAAAUGUGCAAUUAAAGAAAGAAAAGAUCGAAGAUUACAGCGAUUCUUCGGUGUUCUCGGACGAAGAAGAUUCCCUGGAACGAACCCAUCGAAGUUUCCGCGUUCUCAAAGACAAACACCCCAACGACGAACUUCAACUUCGAUCCAGAUCCUUAGAAACCAUCAACAAAGAGAAAUUAAAACGCAGCAAAAUCCCCACGCCUUUAUUAACCAAACGCCCCCUAUCGAAAUCCGACAGAAACCUCCACCAAACCUACAAGGAAACCGACCUCGACCUGCGGGUACCAUCGUUACCCAACAUCUCUCGCGCCAGAUCCACCAGGUGCUCCUCCAACGCGGACAAGAAGCCUCCCAGAUGCACCUCUAACGUAGACAAGCACCCGGACAGCCUCGAUUCCGACGCCGACGUCGACGACGCCCCCAAAGGGAAGAACAAGCGCCUGGUGAAGCGUCGAUCGAAGGCGUCGCGGGGCUCCCGAAGCGCCGGCAGCGACUACGAGAGCAGCAAUCUGAUCGAUUCCGGUUUCGAGCCGAGCCCGAGGAGCACCAGGGCUCCCCCUAAAUGGAGAAAUGUCUCCGAUAGAGGAGUCAACAUGACCACCGUCACGCAGACCAUCCAGAGCAACAUCAGAAGGUACCACCUGGAGCGGAAGAUCUUCCAGCAGCUGCUCGAGCUGAAACGCCAUCAAAUCCGCGUCGGGCAACACGACGAGGCGGUGCUGGUGAAACGGGCGAUCGACGCCUAUCACAAAACGUGCGCCGCGACGGUGGGCGUCGGUCGGUACGACGCCGAUGAUUACACGUUCAAGAGCUUCGAGAGGUUUCUCUACGAGGCGCUGCGUCGGUUGCAGAAGGCUCCGGGCGAGGAGAUUUUGAGGGGUUUACCGGCUCGAGGGGAGCAUCCGUUGCGAUGCACCAGGAGUACCAACCGGUGCGGACACGCCGCCCACGCUUACACCGGAGUACCGUGCGCCGCCUACUUGCCGAAAAUGGACCAUCACACGAUACCGAAGAUCGGUUUCGACGAUUCGACCGAGUGCAGGCCCGGCACGGGAUGUUUCCUGCCCACCAUAAACCCGAAGAAACCAUCGGUUACUUUAGAAUUGAGUCGAGGCGACGACAAGCAAGUCAUCUGUUUGCCCACGAACAAAUUGGAUCAGAACAAGAGAUAUUAUGUCACAUUUACCGUGAAAGACGAUGAGAAAAAUGCUCGGGAAAUUAUGAACGAUAAAUCGGCUCAUAUGCAUUCGAAAAGCGAUUAAAUUUUUGUUAGUAUAUAGGUUGUAUACGAUAAAUUGUUGUUAGCGAGUUAUUAAAAAUAAUUAACCAUUUUGUAUUUUAAUCUGCUACAAUUUAGACGUGGCAACGGCGCCGGUUCGGAACAUGUCAUCCCAGAAUUCCAUGUACUUUUGCUCCGGAUGGUGGUCGUGUUGCUUCAUCUCCGGUCCGAUAUCGAACGUUUUGAAUUUAUCCCGAGUAAUCGGUUCCCAUUCAACCGGCAACAACGCGUCUGUUCGAUCUACCGUAGGUCUACCGUACUUGGCGAAAUUCGUCCAUAAUUUAACCAUCCUGCGUACGGCCCUGUCCUCUUCGCUGCCUUCUACUACAUCGGGCACCAGCUCGCAUUUGAACAGAUAUGGCGUGUCG